GCACUGUAUAAAUAUCCCUGAAAAAUAAGAGGGUAAGGGUUUAGGAAAAUUUCCGGCGACCUGGAACACACAAUGGAGGCCACCGAUGAACGUAAUCACUACACAGCCAAGAGAAAGCGAGACAGCAAUGAGGACGUCGAUGAUUCCCCCGCCGUCGCAAACGGUGGCGUCGACUUUUCCCUUUUAGAAGAAAUCGAGAAGUCACAAAACUCCGUUGAAGUUCUCGACGUUAAAACCCUAAAGAAACUCGUCCUCUCCUUCGAACGCCGCCUUCGCGACAACAUUGCCGCCCGCCUCAAGUACCCUGACCAACCAGAGAAGUUCGCUGAUUCCGAAAUCGAGCUUCACGAAGAGAUCGAGAAGCUCAAAAUCCUUGCUGGAGCUCCGGAACUCUAUCCUGACCUAGUUAACCUCAACACGAUUCCAGCCAUUCUUGAUCUUCUAACUCACGAUAAUACUGAUAUCGCUAUUGACGUUGUUGGUCUUCUCCAAGACCUUACUGAUGAAGACGUAUUGGACGAAAACGAUGAACCUGCUCGGAUUCUUGUUGAUUGUUUAAUCGAGAACAACGUGCUUGAAUCGUUGUUACAGAAUCUGUUACGAUUAUCCGAGACGGAUCCGGAUGAGGUGGCAGCGGUUUACAGUACGCUUUCGACGAUUGAGAAUUUGAUUGAAGUGAAGCCUGCGGUGGCUGAGAUGGUAUGUGAACGAACUAAGCUGUUGCGGUGGAUUAUUGGCAAGAUAAAGGUUCGAGAGUUUGAUAGCAAUAAGCAAUAUGCUUCCGAGAUACUGGCGAUUUUGCUUCAAAGCAGUGUGGCAAAUCAGAAGAGGUUAGGUCAAAUGAAUGGUGUGGAUGUGGUGUUGCAGGCUGUGGCAAUUUAUAAGUCGAGGGAUCCAAAGAGUUUAGAUGAAGAGGAGAUGGUUGAGAAUCUCUUUGAUUGCUUGUGUUGUUUGUUGAUGCCAUUGGAGAACAAGGAGAGGUUUUUGAAAGCUGAAGGGGUUGAAUUGAUGAUUAUUAUCAUGAACCAGAAGAAAUUGUGUUAUGGAUCAGCCAUCAGAGCUCUUGAUUUUGCAAUGACGAAUUAUCCACCUGCUUGUGAACGGUUUGUUGAUGUUAUGGGGCUUAAAACCGCUUUCCCUGCUUUCAUGGGUAAGAUUCCAACAACCAAAAACAAGAAGAGAUCUAAAGAAGAGUUGGAGGAACGCCUUAUAUCAUUGGUUGCUUCACUUUUUGGUGGAGUUUUGAGGGGUUCAAGAAGGGAAAGAUUACUCAGUAAAUUUGUGGAAAAUGAGUAUGAAAAGAUAGACAGGCUAAUGGAGCUUUAUAUGAGAUAUUCAAACAGAGUGAAAGAAGAAUCCGAAAGACUGAAUGAUCUUGAACUUGAUGAUCUUGAGAUGGAUGAAGAUGAAAAAUACAAUCGAAAGCUAGAAUCUGGACUCUAUUCUCUUCAGUUAAUUGCAGUUAUUUUGGGUCAUCUUUGGACAUCCGAGCAUCCUCGGAUAAAGGCAAGAAUUGAAUUACUACUUAAGCAACAAAAGUUGACUAAAACAGACGUCAAGAAUGUACUACAGGAAUAUCAUGACAACAUCGGUGAUCUUGAUGGCCCAGAUGAGAAAGAGAAAGCACAAGCCAAAAUCCAGAGAUUCAUCGCAUCUUUGUGAACUAUAUAAGUUGUAAUAUGUUAUGAGUUAACCCAACCUUUACUUAAAUUCAUGUAUUUUGAUUCCUUGUAUUCUAACUUGUUUUUCAUGUGUUUAUUACAAUCCAUAUUCCAAA